ACCCCAUACGGUAGCCGCUAGCCGCUAGCCAGUCCCGUCCUCGCUACUACCAACACGGUCGGAUUAUCUUGCCGUACAGUACUUGAUUUUGCAACUGUCUUCAUUUUCACGCCCCCAUUCACGUCGCCUUGUUUUUUUUCCUUCUGGGCGACGAGGUGGAAAGACACCAAACCUUGGUGCGAGUAACCACCCGGAGCGACAGUUUCUUCGACAUUCUGACUCUGUAUCGAUGACGUCUCCCGGGCUCCCCUGACUUUACCAAAUUCCGAAGCACGCCGCUAUGCGCCCUGACCAUCACGAUUCCCGGAGCGACAUGGACGGCCACUUCGGCCACCGGCCCGCGAAUCACAGCCAGAGUCAGAGCCAAAGCCAGAGCCACAACCAUGGCCAUCACGGUUCUCUCGACCUUCGCUUUCAGUACUUGAUGGACUCCUCCCGUCAACGACACACACCGCUCUCCUCCAAUCCAACACCCCAGAUAUCUUCUUCGACGGCCCACGAUGGCUCUCGCAUACCCACAAACAACACCGUCGGCUACGAAUCCCACGAUGAUCUAUGUGUUGAUCACUGCGAGGUCCUUGGCCUCUAUCAAGGUGGCUCUCAGUUCCCGAACCACCGUGGAGUUACGGCCAAUUCACUCGGCCACUGGUCACGGCGAUACAUAAAUGGCCAGGAUGCUUUGCUUGAUACUUCUGAUGUCGACCUUUUCGCCCACAACAUAACAUCAAACGACUUCAUGCCCAUGCAGCAAUUCGGUGCCUGGUCCCAAUGGCAGGGUCAUCAGAGUCAGCGAUCAAUGCAGGAGUGCGGAGAGGAUUGCCAGUCUAACGCCGAGGACAGUUGUUGCGAUAGCGAGUGUGCCAUGACUGGCAAAUGCACUAACGUUGCGUGUGCCAACGGCGAGGACGUCUGCGUAGACCAAAGCUGCCCCGAACGUUCCAUGGCCUUCCCCUCCGAUCUUGUCGACGGCGCCGCCGCGCUCUUAUCCAUUAAUCAUGGGUCUGACAUGCUCACCCAGAGCUUCAACUUUAGCAGCAUGGGCGGCAUGAACAGUAUGGGUGGCAUGGGCAGUAUGGCGAAUAUGGGUAACAUGAACCAUAUGAGCAACAUCGGCAGCAUGGGUAACAUGAACGGCAUGGGUGGCAUGAGCAACAUGAACAACAUGAACAACAUGAAUGGCAUGAACAGCCUCAACCACAUGAACAGCCUCAAUGGUCUCAACCAGAAUAUGAACCAAGUCAUGAACGGCAUGAACCAAAGUCUUUCUCGAAACACACAGCAGACAUCUCUGCUGUCUCCAAGCUGGCUUCCGAACCCGUUAGGUAAUAUCACGAGUCAUCUGUUGUCAGCUCACGGAGAUGGAGAGUCGUCAAACUGCACCCGGCCCUGUCUGUUAGACGAUCCCCAGAACUAUCCUAACUGCCAUAUUCCUGUGUCUUUCAACGCCGCCCAGUUUGGUCAGUACAGCUCUGUGGCUAGCAAUUUUCAGGCAAGUCAAGCCUUGCAGCAAUGUGGGUUUGAGGCGAGUGAUCCUGAGGCGUAUAUCAGGCACUUCAACACACAACAUAGGCCGUAUUUCACGAAUACCGAGCCCAACAAGAGCAACAACAGUAACGGCCAGCUCGCUCUACCUAACUUGAUCCCUGGCUCUGGAGGUGUGCGGAGUAGCGGAACGUUGGCAGCAACCGAGGCAUUAUCCUUAUCUCCAGCCACUCCUCUCGACACAUCUGAUUCGGGAGCAUCCAUGAACACGCCUUCUCCCCUCACACCGGUGUCGGAGGCAAAGACUCGGGCUCAGUCGCCCUCCCAUACACGCAGCUCAUCCGCAGAUACGUCGGAAACCAGCUACAGUGACAAGAUGGAUGGAGAUAAUGACGAACACAAGUGCCUAUGGCGGGAGGACAAUGGUAAACUUUGUGCCCAAACUUUCACAGAGGCGGGGGAUCUCUUUGACCAUGUUUCGAAUGUACACAUCAAGCAUGCAUCCAAGGGUAAUUAUGGGUUUCUCUGCUCCUGGGACGAUUGUCCCCGGAGUCACCCUGGUGUGCAUGGCUUCCCGCAGAGGAGCAAGAUCGAAAGGCAUAUGCAAACGCAUAUUGGUCAUAAACCGCAUGUCUGCAAGAUCUGCCACAAAGGAUUCUCGGCAAAGCAGGCUUUGACUCAGCACAUGUACAUCCACUCUGAUCAAAAGCCGCUGGAAUGCAACAUCUGCUUCAAGACCUUUAGAUAUCCUAGUGCCCUCACAAUGCACAUGCGCGUCCAUUCAGGCGAGAAGCCGCUCCAAUGCCCCAUCUGCGGCAAGAAGUUCAGCGAAUCUUCCAACUUGUCCAAGCAUAAGCGUACCCACGAGGUCAAGGGUCGCUUUAACUGCAAUGUGCGCGGUUGCUGUCGCAACUUCCACCGCCAGGAUCAGCUUCGCCGCCACAUGAAGACGCACCAGAAGGAUAUUGUCGAUGGCCGAGUGGUCGAUAUCUACACUAGCCAACUUCCGCUGCCCGCUGACUUUGACUACCCAUCGAAAGAGGGAUCCGCAGAUCCUACGGUAUUCAGGGACGAGUCUGCCGAGAUUUGUGACGAGGGGAGCCAGUGAGAAGGCGACCACGAAAGUGGUUAUCACAUCUUCUCUAAUUCGGUGCCCCCGGCGUUCUGGUGACCCCAACGGGACCUCUCCUUUGCCUGGUGGAUUUAAGUCAGAUGGACGGUGACGGAUGCUAAAAACUCUUUCGCUCAUUUGAGCAAGGCGCAAUUGGCGAAUGGACAACACAGCGG